ACAACGACGGGCGACGCUUCGAAGCUGACGUAGUAUAAAAAGCAUCUUCAGCUGGCGCACAAAUUUUAAUCAGCAGUCAAAGCUACAACGACAAACAACUAAAAAAAAACUAAAAAAACAAUUGAAAGUGCAGUGAUAAGCUAAAGACUUGCAGCAAAAUGUGUGGAAUUCAAAUGUUUGUGGUCUUAGUGCUUAUGGCUUAUAGCUGCGUACGCGCCGAUGUCAGCCAUGUGGCGCCCAGCAGCAAUCAAUUCUAUCCGUAUCAACCGCGACAGUAUCAACAACAGCAACUGGCCAAACAGUUCUCCGCACCCGAACUGGAGCACGCAGCGUUUACACAAGUGCUCACCAGUCGUGGCUAUGUCUUUGGUGGACCAGCAGCCGCUGCAGCAGCCACAGCACAAGCAGCAAAUCUGCCCAGACCGCGUACACUGAGCGCUGCUGCUGCUGCAGCGGCGCAUGCAGAGGGCAAUUCGCUGAAUCUGAAGCUGCCCGUGCCGUUCGGACUGAUGCCACUGAAUGUGGCACAGCUGCCGCUGCAAGCUGGCGCGCCCUAUGCGCUAGUGCCACGCACCACGGGCCUCACCAGCUACGGCACCGCUCAGAUACAGCGUUAGCUUUAAGCUCCUAUAUUCCAAUUUGUAUAUAUAUAUAUUUCAUUUAAGCUUAAGCUAGUUCAUGAUCGACUGUUUUUUUU